UUGAUGCAAUUGCAAAGUGAAUUUAAUUUCUCACCCAUAAAAACCUUUUCUUUAAAUUUUAAAUAAAUUGUACAUGUAAAACCUGGCACUGGUACCGGCUUCUUGGUGUUGUAAAUGUUUAUUAGGUACCUAUUGUGAAGAUCAAAUAAAACAAACGUGUUCAAGUUGUUUUUUUUUUUAAUAUUUACCAUUACUAUAUAAUGAAAGGUGAAGCCGGCUAGAAAAUUCAUAACAAAAGUUCCCGAAUACAGCAUUUAAAAUGACUACUAUAGAAAAACUCGAACUCGAACUGAAAGAUGUUGACAAAGAGAUAUCUAAAGUUAAUGCAGAGUUGGCGAAAUGGAAGGACCGGCAACGUGUGCUUCAUGAGAAGAAACUGUCGAUAAAGAAUUCGAUUAAUAAACUAAAAACAGACACACUGUCUAGUGUAGACUGGGCAGGAACGACGUAUGAGUGGUCUGAAGAUGUUACACGCAUAUUACAUGACAUAUAUAAAGUUGAUGCAUUCAGACCUAAACAACUGGCAGCAAUUAAUUCUACUCUGUCAGGACAACACGCUAUUGUCGUCAUGCCAACAGGCGCAGGGAAAAGCCUGUGCUACCAGUUGCCGGCUUUAGUAAAACCCGGUCUGACUGUUGUAGUCUCGCCACUCAUAUCCUUAAUGGAAGACCAGAUAAGAUCACUGACCAAUAGAAACAUUCCAGCUAAACUGAUGUCGAAUACCAGCACUAAAGAGGAAACAUCGGAAGCUCUGAAUACAUUGAAGGAUAAGAACACCAAGAUCAAGUUGCUGUAUGUUACACCUGAAAGAUUUGCUAAAAGUAAAAGGUUCAUGUCCAACUUACAGACCUGUUAUGCAGGAGGGAGGUUGCAGAGGAUAGCCAUAGAUGAAGUGCACUGCUGUUCCCAAUGGGGUCAUGACUUUAGACCUGAUUACAAAUACUUGGGUAUUUUAACACAAAUGUUUCCAAAUACUCCUCUCUUAGGCCUAACAGCCACUGCUACAGCUAGUGUAUUAACUGAUGUGCAAAAAAUGCUUAAUAUUCCUGGAUGUUUAGUAAUCAAAUCUACUUUUAAUAGACCUAAUUUAUUUUACAAAAUUCUUGAAAAACCUUCUUCACAAGAAGACUGCCUUACUAUACUUGAAAAAUUGUUAAAAGGCAGAUAUAGAGGUGAAAGUGGAAUAAUAUACACAAAUAGUAUUAAAGAUGCUGAAGACAUUGCAGGAGGGCUGCGGAAAAGAGGCCUUAAAGUGGGAUGUUAUCAUGCAAACUUAGAGGCUGCAGUUCGCUCACAAGUGCACACAAAAUGGCACGAGAAGUACUAUCAAGCUAUUGUGGCCACCAUUGCUUUUGGAAUGGGCAUUGACAAACCUGACGUCAGGUUUGUUAUACACCACACAAUAAGUAAGUCAAUGGAAAACUACUACCAGGAAAGUGGCAGAGCUGGCCGUGACGGGCUUAGAGCAGAAUGUGUUACUCUGUACAGAUUGCAAGAUAUAUUUAAGGUCAGUACCAUGGUAUUCUCUUCUGUAGGAAACUUAGAACAUCUAUAUGGUAUGGUAAAGUACUGCCUUAACGGUUCAUUAUGCAGGAGACUCAUUAUUGCUGAACAUUUUGAUGAAAAUUGGGGAACUGCAGACUGUAACAAUAUGUGUGAUGUAUGUUGCUCGUCCCGCACCAAUGAAAAGUCUCUUAAUGUGAGAUUGUACUGUAAAACAUUGGGAAGUAUAAUUGAAAAUGCAGAGAAACAAGAUGUGAAACUGACAGCUCAGAAACUGCUGGAUGCCUGGUUCCUUAAAGGACCCGUGAACCUUAGACAUAAAGGUAAAGAACCAAGUGUUUCAAGAGUACUAGGUGAAGACAUCAUAGCCUUUUUAUUAAUAGGAAACUAUUUGGUGGAAGAUUUUCAUUACACAGCAUAUUCCACUAUAAGUUAUAUAAAAAAUGGACCAAACAUGGAUGCAGUGCAAGAUGACAGCUUUGAACUUACCAUGCCAAUAAGGAGAUAUACAUCUUUUGAUCUACAAACCCCACCCCCUGAUAAUUAUCAACCCAUCGUUGCUCUUGAGCAAGUUGACAAAAGCAAAGCAAAAAAACGAAAGCUUGAUGACAAAAGUAAGUCUUAAUAAAAAAAAAGGAAGACAGAUGAUUGAUUCAAUAUAUGGCAAUUUUCAACCCCUAUUACAUGGGAAUUAUAACACAAAUAGUGAGAUGUGGGUGUAUAAUGUACAGCGGCAUUAAGUGCCGUAAUGUACACUUCUGCCUACCCCUUGGGGGAUUGAAGGCGUGACAUUAUUUAUUUAUAAUAGAUUUAAUUAUUUUGUAUAUGUUUCCAUCUUUUUAAAUUUAUUAUUAUAUUAUUGUACUGAAUCAGUAGAAUCGUUAUAGGGAAUAUUUUCUAAUGUUUUCUAAUGUAAUCUGCUCCUAACGACUGCACGGUUGGUGCGGUAGCUGGGCCACUGGCUGCAGUGCAAGUACUACGUGGAGUGGGUUCGCUUCCCGCACGGGGUAACUCUUUGUGUGAUCACAAAUUGUUGUUUCGGGUCUGGGUGCAUGUGAACUUGUAUGUUUGUAAACACACUCACGACAAGGGAGAAAAUAUGUAUUUCUUUUUUAUUAAAAAAAACAUGUAGUCUCAGUAAUAUAAAUUGAAUUAUGUCUUUUAUUAACUUUUAUUACCAUGUAAGCAAUCACAGGGAGUUGCACUCGUUCACGACCGCGACCCUGUGCCAAUGUCGCUUUGACAUAGGUGGGCGCGUGUAUCUGUGUGAAUGCGCUUUAAAUGUAAUGAAUUGUUACAAUUUCAUGUUAACCAUUAUUUGUAAAACUAUAUAAUAAAUAAGUAAGUAGUUAAGUUGCCAUUAGUACCUAAGCAUUUAAAUUAAUACCUAAAUAAGUUGUACAUUGUAGUACUGCUAGGUAGCACCUUUUUAUGCAAUAAAAUAUUUUAAACAGUAACUUCCAUUUCU